AUGGAAAACAAGCAACAAUCAGAAGGGCCAUUUUUAGCAAUGUUUCCGGGAAUUCCACCUCCGAUGGAUUUAAAUUUUCAAGUUUACAAAAAGUCUGAUUCUGUUAUUUUUCAAGAGUGUAUUGUUACAAGUCAAAAUGAGAGAGUUAAUUAUGAAGCAAGAAACUUAGAAAAAAUGGAUAAUGAUCAAUCAAACAAUGAUUACAUGAUUGCCAUCUAUAAUAAAAAAACAAAAACGAUAACAUUUAAAGAAAUUCCAGUUAUAAGUUUUAAAGCUACUCCUAAACGCAUUAAAUUAGAAAAAGAAAAGAAACCAGACAUUCCUAAAGAUUAUGCUACUGCUAGAAACGCUCUUGAUUUAGAAUUUAGCACUAAGAAAAGACAGUCACAAAUUAAUGCGAUUCAAAGAGGCAAAAUUGAUGUAUCACAAAUGGAAGGCAUUGAAAAUUUUGUUGAAGUAGUUGGCGAAAAAGUCAAAACAAUGUCUAAUGAAGCAACAAAAUUAAAUGAAGUUUAUAAUUUAGAAGACAUUCUGACAAAAGAAGAAACAUCUAAAUAUAUCAAUAGUCGAUUAUUUCCAUCUUUAUCACUUAAAAAAAUUAAUACUAAACGUAUAAAAAUAUUAUUAUAUAUUGGAUACAUGAUGAGUUUUAGAAGUUUUGCACAUUCCAGUAUUAAUAACCAAGAUAUAAUGUCAAAAAAUUUAAACAAUCCACCAAGAAAAAUUUUAGAAGGGCUUUAUGAAAGAUAUACAGAAAAAUUAUAUAAAAAACAAGAAAAUAAAUUACUAUGUUGGAUGUUUACAUUAUGUUUAAUGUUGGAUGGAUAUCGAGUAGAAACUGAAGCAUUAGUUCAAGAUUUGCUUUUAACUAAAACAAAGGUUAGUAGUUUAUUUAAAACAUUAGGUUGUAAAGUUGAAAAUUUAAGUAAAAAAGAAUUAGAUGCGUUAGGAUUAACAAGCAAUGUAGGAGGAGGAGUAAGUUCCAUUAAAAGAGCAGUAUUAAGUUUACCGUUAACAUUUCCUGAACCUAAAGCAAUAAAAAAAACAAACAAAUAA